GCGGCCACACCGGGAAGGGCUCCAGGCGCUAUGGCGGCGGCUGCGCGCAAGGUCGGAGGAAAGUUCCCGCGGUCGGCGGCCGCCUGAGCGGCAGGAGCGACCGAGCGGGAGCGCCCGGGCCCGGCCGCCAGGCCUCUCCCGCCACCGGGGCAGCGGAGCGGCGCUGGGCGGGCGGAGAGCGCGGGGGUGCGCAGCGGGCCCGCCUCAUGCGCAGCCACCUGCGGAGGGGCUGAGCGGAGCCGCCGCCGCCGCGCCGGGGGCUCCUGGCGGGCACUGCCCGGGGCAGCCCCUGCCCGCCCACCCCGGCACCGCCGCCGCCGACGGACGGACGGACGCCGGCCCUGCCGCCGCCAGAGCCACCGCCGGGGAGCGACCUGUCAGCGCACCUCGCAGGCCGGCCCCGAGGACCCUUCCCACGCGCUGGUUUGUCCCCGGGAGAAGGAGAGUUGGGAGCCCUCUCCGUGCCUUAUCAAGUUCCUUAUCUGAGCGGCUGCCAGACGCUGUAGACCAGUUCGGCUUUAUCUGGUGCAGGGGAGGAAAACAGUGUAUCUCUCGCACCCCAUCCCAAAUCGAGGACCACCUAUUCUGCCGUGGUUUAAUUCACGAAGAUGGUGAAAUGCGGAUUGCCGUGUGAAGCAGCUAGAUCCCUGUUGUGGACUGAGGGCUUCGUAUUCACCUCCCAGCUCCCGAUCUGUGCUCUGUGAGAGAGGACACUAAUUCUUCUCCUUCAACCCCUUCCCUAAACCUUUCCUUGCUUCCAUGUUGCAUUGGUCAGACUUUUGGUCAGUGUUGUUUACGGAAGGGGAGGGGAAAGAAGGCAGUUGAGGUUACAAACAAAAGUACUUGUAUGACUCAUCUACUUGGAUUUAAGACAUUAUAUCCUUCUUUCAAGGGGCCUUUGCUUCUCUCUGAAGGAAUCAGAUGCUUGUUCCUAUUCUUCCAGAGGAGGAUGGAUUGAAAGUUGUCCAUUUUAGACUUUUCUUGGGCCACUGCUGAUAUUAUUAAAGACAUAAUGGGGCUUUUUCACUGGAUUAUUGCCAGGAUUAGUUUACACACUGAAACAAUGAGUUGUUAGGCCUCUCAUACGAUAAUAUUUGUCCUGCUUUAAUAUAAAGUUGCUGCGGAGGUGCGUUAAAAAUCGCGGAGGACAGUCUGCAUCAGAGGAGGCUCUCUUCGUCUCUGGUUGGUGUGGCAACCAGCAAUCUGUCCUCGAUGCCUUCAGCCUUGGCCAUCUUCACUUGCCGCCCGAACUCUCAUCCGUUUCAGGAGCGUCAUGUCUACCUGGACGAGCCCGUCAAGAUCGGCCGCUCCGUGGCUCGCUGCCGGCCAGCCCAGAACAACGCCACGUUUGACUGCAAGGUGCUCUCCAGGAACCAUGCUCUUGUCUGGUUUGAUCACAAGACAGGCAAGUUCUACCUUCAAGACACUAAAAGUAGUAAUGGUACCUUUAUUAAUAGUCAGAGACUGAGUAGAGGAUCUGAGGAAAGCCCACCAUGUGAAAUAAUGUCAGGUGACAUCAUCCAGUUUGGUGUAGAUGUGACGGAGAACACGCGGAAAGUUACCCAUGGAUGUAUAGUCUCCACAAUCAAACUGUUCCUUCCAGAUGGAAUGGAAGCUCGAUUGCGAUCAGAUGUUAUCCAUGCUCCAUUACCAAGUCCUGUUGACAAGGUUGCUGCUAACACUCCCAGUAUGUAUUCUCAGGAAUUGUUUCAGCUUUCACAGUAUCUACAAGAAGCCUUACAUCGGGAACAAAUGUUGGAACAGAAGCUGGCAACCCUUCAGCGAUUACUUGCUGUCACACAAGAGGCUUCAGAUACUAGUUGGCAGGCUUUAAUAGAUGAAGACAGGCUGCUAUCAAGACUAGAGGUUAUGGGAAAUCAAUUACAGGCUUGUUCAAAGAAUCAAACAGAAGACAGUAUACGAAAAGAGCUUAUAGCAUUACAGGAAGACAAACACAACUAUGAGACAACAGCCAAAGAGUCCCUGAGGCGGGUCCUUCAGGAGAAAAUCGAAGUGGUCAGAAAAUUGUCUGAAGUGGAGCGGAGUUUAAGUAAUACAGAAGAUGAAUGUACACACCUGAAAGAAAUGAAUGAGCGGACUCAGGAAGAAUUAAGGGAAUUAGCUAAUAAAUACAAUGGAGCUGUAAAUGAAAUUAAGGAUCUUUCUGACAAACUAAAGGUAGCAGAAGGAAGACAAGAAGAAAUCCAGCAGAAAGGACUGGCUGAGAAAAAGGAAUUGCAGCAUAAAAUAGAUGAAAUGGAAGAAAGGGAGCAAGAGCUUCAAGCAAAAAUAGAAGCUUUGCAGGCCGACAAUGACUUCACCAACGAGCGCCUGACAGCUUUGCAAGUACGGUUAGAACACCUUCAGGAGAAAACUCUUAAAGAACACAACAGCUUAGGCAUACAAGUUGACGACUUCAUACCUAAAAUUAAUGGGAGCACAGAGAAAGAGCACUUUCUUUCAAAGAGUGGAGGGGACUGCACUUUUAUUCAUCAGUUCAUAGAAUGUCAGAACAAGAUCAUAGAUGAAGGACAUCUAACCAAAGUGGAAGAAACAAAGCUUUUGAAAGAGAAUCAAGCACGAGUCAAAGAAUCCAACGAUUUGUCGGACACUCUCAGCCCAAGCAAGGAAAAAAGCAGCGACGACACUACAGAUGCUCAAAUGGAUGACCAAGAUCUAAAUGAACCUAUUGCUAAAGUAGCUCUUCUAAAAGAUGAAUUGCAGGGUGCACAAUCAGAGACUGAGGCUAAGCAAGAAAUUCAGCAACUGCACAAGGAGCUGAUUGAAGCCCAAGAGCUAGCUAGGACAAGUAAACAAAAAUGCUUUGAACUUCAAGCACUCUUGGAAGAAGAGAGAAAAGCAUAUCGAGUGCAAGUCGAAGAAUCUAACAAGCAAAUAAAUGCUCUGCAAGCCCAGCUGCGAAGGUUACAAGAAGAAAUUGAGAAUCUUCGUAAGGAAAAGGAGAACGAGAUUUCAAGCACUCGAAACGAACUAGUCAGUGCUCAAAAUGAGAUUCUGUCACUUCAGCAAGUAGCAGAAAAGGCAGCAUCAGAACGGGACACAGAUAUUUCCACUUUGCAAGCAGAGCUACAGACGGUGCGAGCGGAGCUUGAGCGGUGGCGGAAAGAUGCCUCGGAUUAUGAAAAAGAAAUUGUGGACCUGCAAGCCAGUUUUCAGCUCAGGUGCCAGCAGUGUGAGGAUCAGCAGAAGGAAGAGGCCACUCGCUUAAAAGGUGAACUUGAAAAGCUGAAGGCAGAGUGGCUUGCUCUGGAAGCUGAAUGUGUUAAACUAAGGAAGGAAAAUACUUUGCUUACAUCUGAACUUCAGCGACAAGAGAAGGAGCUCUCUAGCUCUCAGAAACAGAGUUUAGCACUGACCAGCGAUAUAAGUGUUCUUGAAAUGUCUCGAAAGGAACUUGAGAAUCAGAUGGGAUCUUUGAGAGAAAAACAUCAACGGGAUGCAGCUAGUCUGAAAACUCAGCUCAGUGAAGCUGAGAGUCAAGCAAAAGACGUUCAGAAAGAGUAUGAAAGAACACAGACUGUGCUCUCAGAACUGAAGGCAAAGUAUGAGGUGGCUGAGCAGGAGAAGCAGUCACUCACAGAAGAGCUCAAACAGUGUAAAGAGAACCUGAAGCUGCUACAAGAAAAAGGAAACAACCCUUCCAUAUUACAACCCGUCCCAGCCGUAUUCAUCGGCCUAAUCCUGGCUUUCCUGUAUUGGUGUUACGGCCCAUUGUGGUAGCGAAAGAACUGCUCCUGGAAAGCAGAAACAAACCCUAGUAAUUGCUCUAUGUCCCUGGAGUCCUUAACAGAGCAUCUGCAGACAUGACAGGAACAAGACCUGCUCCGGGAUCCCUGCAGUUUUCCGCCAUGGCAGAGCUCAGUUCAUGCGUUACUGUUUCGGUGCUGUGUGUGUGCUCAGUGCUGUGGCUUUACAAAGAAGAUGACUUUAUUUUCCUGCUGCAAGGAGGUUGAAAUCUUAACAUCCUGAACAUAUGGAAGGAGAGUUUUCUCUGACUGUCCAAAAUCUCAUAAAAUGUAAGCUGGGGGGAGAGGGGAGGCCACAUGCAUGCUCGGUGUUCAAGAAAAAGCUAUUUGUGCUCAGUGUAAUGGCAGUAUUUUUCAGUUGCAGCUCUCCUGUGCAGGAGUUUAAUCUCCCUAAUAUGGACAGAGUGAGAGCAAUGAGAGCUGAAUCACUUUUAAUUUAGCAAGUCUUCCGAGAACAAAAGAAAUCUGUGUCAAGUAUGUGUUUUGGGUCAGUUUUGCACCUUUUUUUUGUCUAUGUUUCUAUUUAUACCCUGGCCAGUUCUUACACUCCCCAGCCUAGUAAGAAAGUUAAUGUGGUUACUAAGCUUUUAGAGGAAAGGGACUGGUUUCCCAGAUUUGAGCUGAGCACCAUUGCCUUUAUUUAUAUAAACAGUGACAUCAUCUUUUAUGGCAGAACGGGAACCUUAAACAGUUAUGGGAGAGCAACUUUUAGGAAGUGUCCCUAUGAGACAUUUGUGUUUCAUCUUCAAGUGUGUAUUUAAGAAAGACACUAUAUCCUGAGUCACGUCAGCUCUGUGAUCUUUACUCCAUUUCAAACUGUAAUUUAUUAGCAAAAAUUAUUCACUUUUUUUUUUCUUUUUCUUUUGAACUGUGUGAAAAUUGGUGCUUGCAGCCUGCUGGGGAAUGCGAGGAGCAGCACAGGCAGCUCUUUUGUCCUCUUCCAGCUUCCUCCAGAAAUCUGCUUUUGCACUCCUCCAAAAGCCUUUUGGAAACAAUACCUGACCCGUGUGGUGACGGUUUCUGGGAUUCAGUGUUAGUCACCCAGAGUGGGGAUGUUCAGGGCACUGAUGAACUGCCAGUAAAGCGCUCGGUUUCCUACCAGAGGAGUUUGCUGAUGUCUGUUAGAAAGUAUCCCCCCAGUCAGGUUCAGUCUCUUCUCCAUCACACGGCAUGGAGGGAUUGUGCAGCCUUUCUGGCCCGAGCUGAGAAAGCAAAAUGCUACACUUGCAGUAUGGCUGAGUUGCUGCCAAGGGUGAACAUCUGCUCUACAGCUUGUCAUUCAGCCUUUAAAGACAUCCUGUGAGCAGCCAAGAGCACUGGCCUGGCUGGGUUCUUGCAUCUCUUUGGUACCUGAAUGGGAAAUCACUCGCUCCAAAGGGGAAAGCCACGAACUGGCAGGCCCCACCUCUUUGCCAGCUGCACCUUGGCAGCAACACACCGACCUGCCUCUGGAGAGAGAAAACCCUGUUUUCUCCUCACCUGGAUUUUGUGUGCCAUAUUUACUGAAAAAAGUUGCUCCUGCUGUCACUUGCCAUGAGGAAAGUAGAUGUACACUUCCCAUUUCGUAGCACCUGCCUCGGUGCAGGGACGUCUCUGUGCCUCUCCUCGCUGUCAGGAAGCAACUUCGUCUGUGCUGUCAGGCAGGAACAGAGACUGAAAGUUGUUUGGGUUGGUUUGUUUGUUUGAAAAAAAGGGACAAGUGUUUAGCAAGCAUUAGUGGUUGUUUUCAGUGAGUUUGUUUCAAACCUGACCUCGUGCCAUGGGAAAGGCUGGUGUUACAGCACUGCUGGACAAGGGGGGGUGCCAUGUCCCAGUGUCCUCCAGCCUGUCUACCUUCUGUCCUCUCUGAAUUGCUUCCUCUUUAAAUGAAGACAAAUGUUGCAUUAUUCCAGGGGCAGAACAACAUUUCCCAAACCUUCCUUGUGAAGUGGCUGUUGCCACUUCUCCUUGGCUUUCAACCAGGGCUGGCUCAGCAAACUUUUGGGUCAGAUUCCUGAUUUCUCUCAUCUAGUUGUUGCCUUUUCCCAUUGCUGUUCACAGCCCUGCCAGGCUAUCAGCCAGAGUGGGGGAGCACUCCUGGACCAGCCCAUCAGCCCAGGGUCUGGCCCUGUGAAGGGCUCCAGGGCUGCCAAGGUGGUUUGGAGGAGGUCACCAGCUUGCUUUUUAUAGCUCCUGCCAGGUUUCACUUGCUCUAAUGCCUGAGUGUCACGCUAAAACCUGAGAAGGACCACAUCUGAAGGUGUUCUGUCUUUGCAGCUCCCUGAUGGCACUUCAUGCUUUGUUUGGAGCUUAUCGAGUGUCUUCACCCUCAUCUCAAAACAGCAGCUUUAUAAAAGCAGAUGAGCCCAGCUGAUGUGAGAGUGGAAGUGAGAUGGUUUGGGGCAUCUCACAAACAUACACCAGCUCCUCACUGGGUCCAGGGUUACAGCUGUGCCCCAAACAGAUCCUCAGUGUGCCCCUCCAUUGGUCUGGGUCUGCCCAGGGCUAAGGGUUGCUGUCCUGGCUGACAAAGAAGCAUUUUUUACUACUCCCGCUUCCAGGAAGGUGAGGAGAUUUGGAGAGGCUGGUCCUUUUUUGAGAAGAUUUGGGUGCCACCUUCAUGUGAUGAUUCUCAGGAGUACCCUUGAGAUACCAUCUAUCUAGAGGAUUUGCUGUGCCUGGUAACUUCAGGGAUGUGUGUUUCCUCCUGGUCUUACUAAGAUCCUGGUGAACCAUCUGGAAAUUUCAUCCUGUGAUUACUCCAGAAUCUGGAAGACCUUUUGUAGCUACUAAUCCCAGAAACAGAUUUUUCCUUCAUCCUGUCUGUCAACACAGCCUUUAACUUAUUUUUAUGGGCUUCAGCACAUGUUUGAAGCAUCACUGCCUUAGGAUACAGUCUGUUUUUUUCCAGACUAUUUCAGUGCUCCUUAUAUCUAUGAAUAGCACUUUCUGAAGAAGGGCUGUUUAGUAGGAUCUUCAGUGUCCUUUAAAGCUUGACACAUCUCCAAUUGCACACCUAGAACGGGAAUCAGCGUGACUUCAGUGUGCCACGAGCGUGAGAUCCUAGGAAAUUAAGCUUUGCCAUGCAAUCUAUUUUGCUGCAGUAGAAUUAAAUAGUGUUUUCAUUAGUAAGAUGUGCUCAAGAUUGCUUUAAAAAGUACUGAUCCAGUUAAAGCGAGGGGGGUAAAGCAGAAAGAAUAAUCUAAGCUAACUGGCGCCAUGCUAGACUCUUGAUUUUUUUCCCCUUUUUUUGGUGUCUUGCCCACUAGCACUUGUUUACCCACCAAAAUAACUUGUCUAUGAAGUUUGCUUUAUGCAUCUUAACUGCUUUAUGGAGGCAGCAGCAUCUGGCAGGUAGGAAUGGAUCCUGUGUGCGGGAAAAGCUGGUUGAUAGAGUGCCCUCAACAGCAGGGGAGUUUAGGAGGGUCUGUGUUGUGACCUUGCCUUUUACCAUGGCCCUGUGUUCCUGCAAGAACAUAAAGCCCCAGGCAGAGGUUCAGAGAAACUCGCUGGAGGAGGUGUGCAGGACAUCUCCCCAAGGCAGGAGCGUGCCAGUGUGAUGGAGAAGGCAGGAAGAUGUCUUUUUGUGUGCAGCCCACAGCAGUGGGCUCACUGCAAGUCCACAGUGCUUCCAGGUUUGUUGGCAUCUGUGUCUUUGUGGGAGUGGGCCCUGGGCCACAUGUACUCCUUGUGCACUUGCAGAGCAUCCUUCUACAAGUCAGGAGCAAAAUAGGGAGAGCUGCCUCCUUUUUCUCUCUUGUUAAGGAAGGAUUCUCAAGAAAUGCUUUUCUUGGGAACAACAGGAAAGCUUGACUUAAUUGCUGCUCUAAAUAUAUGCCUAUGGCCCCUGAAAGGCCCAGCAGGAUAUAAAGCCACCAGUUACCAGUUCUCAUUUUUGCCAGAACUUCAAAGUGUUUCCUUUUAUGCAGUAAUCUUAAAACUAGUCCAAGAAAACACUCACACGAUUACUUAGAUAUUCCAGUUAUGCCACCAAUAUGGAAACUUAAAUUAGGAUAUUUUCCACAGGCAAAGCUUCCAUUGUUAGUUAAACAUGAUGGUCUCCUGCUUGCUUGUGGGGAAGAUACAACCUCCUUUCCAUGGCCUGAGAAAUGGUUGCAGCUCAAAGCUGAGCCAAGUGUGAUGACUGAGGACUAAGAAAAUGGUACCUAAACCUAGUCACCUAAGCCCUAUUCAGACUUUAAAAGCUUUUUGAUCAUAGUUAUAUCCUUCUCUGGAAGAGAAGCUUCACGUGGACCAGCCAGUAUUAAUUUAAUAAACACUCUGUUGUUUUAGUGUUUGAGAUUACAGUUCCCAUUGUUAUCAGUCGUGCAUUGUGUCCAGACUUUAUCGGUAGAGAUAAAAGCUCGUUUACCUCCAUUGAUUAAAAGUAAAAUUAUUCAGGCAGGGCCUGAUCCUAUCCCCUAAGUCUUAGUCACUUUUUGAAAGCAUUGUAAGUUGUGGUUUCCCCUGUCUCUGCCCGUGUGGCCCAUGUGAUCUGGCAAUGCCUUUAUUUUGUUAGUGAGGCCAUUGCUCAGGCUUGAUUCAUGUGUACUCAACAAGCCACAGCUGCUGUGCUCCAGAGGUUGUAACUGUAUAAUAUCAAUAUGUUAUAAAAUUGAGAGGGAUGUGGGGGUUUUUUGGUCGGGUUGUUUUGGGACUUUCUUGAUAAGUGCAGUUAUGGGGCAGGGUCUGACAUAUUUAAUAUUUGCUGCUGGAAUGACCUCACAGUAGCACUUGACUUUGCAGUCAAGCCAAGGUAGGUUUGUGCCUUGGCUGCUGGGCCCGGGAGAGCCACAGCAGAUGCACCAGGUCCUGGUCAGGAGGAAGUCCUGGAACACCAAACAACAGCCACCAGGGCCAGCAGAGACCCGUCACACUUGAAGUGGUUUCAAGGACUGCAGGAUGCAUGGUCAGAAAUGAAGAGAUCAUUCAAGGAUGGUUUAGAUGUAGAGAAUUCCUCCUGGUUAAGCAAAUAUCCUGCUGAGUUUCUCCUGGAAAAUAGUUCGAUGUGUAAGGCUGUAUCUUUUCCAGAUUAUAAGGGAUGGGAUGUAAAAGAGGAAAACUUGUAGUUCUCCGAACUUAGAAAGCAUGUGGGCCUCAAGCUCUUUUCCCAGUUGGAAAAUUUGCUGUAAAGAAAAGGAAAUAGAUUUUUGUAAAGCAAUAUUUAAUUCAAGCAUUUGGCUAAUUCUCCUGCUGCAAAGUUUUUAAGUCAAAAGUCUGAUUCAUUGAUGUGGAUCUGGAAUGAAAGGGAUUACGAGAGGAAGUAGACUCUGAAGUUAGAAAAGCUGGUUUCUUGUCCACUAAGCACUUUUUUCCUACUCAUCAAAUGUAUAUUUGACCUGUGUUUCUAUUUUAAGUGUUGUAGGGAAACUUACUCCUACACGUCUGCCUUUGCUCUUUCUCUGCCCAUUGUCAUCAGUUCUGCCAUGGGUGUGUUCCAUUUUACUCUUGCAGAAAGGGAUCCUGAUCUUUCCACAUUUGGAGAAGUUUCUGGACAUGAUGUUGUUGUACAGAUGCUGGGAAUUUAUACAUUUAGUCCAUUAGGUUAGAGAAUGGAAAAUGGGUGGUUUGUUAGUCUUAUUACUCAUUAAAAGCCUUUGUUACAGCAGCGCCCUGUUCACUCUGGGAUGAUCUGCAGUGGUGCAGGCGCUGGGGGAGCCGUGGCCAGUACCUUGCUUUUGUUGUGUGUGGUCGUGUAUCCUCACAGGUGUGUGUUGUGUUCAGGAUUCCUACAAGGAUCUCUUUGGGGAUCCAUCUGAAAACUUUUAUUUUGGCACUAAGGGCAGUCUCCCUCUGUCUGUCCUUGCCUUGUCCCUGUUGCGUGUGUGACCCCCAGCUCCUGCUGUCCACCAUCCCACUCCCUUCCAGCCUCCAAAGCCUUCCUUUUCCCCAUGUUGGUACUCCCAUUCCUAGGUCUUGGAGACCUGGCAGCCAUCAAUGUAAUAUCACUUAAAGCAUCCCAUAACAUCAUGAGUGGUGGCUGUGAGUGCUUUUCCUUGCUAUGUCCAUAAAGCAGCUACAAAGAGAUUAUUGGAGGAGACAGGUCUGCAUCCCGCCCGGCUCUGUUACUGUGGAGCUGUGAUGGAUUUACUGCUCCCAUAAAUGCAGCAGAUGGCAUUGCCAAACCCAGUGGUUUAUCUGAGGCCACCCUUGUGCUCUGCAAAAGAUAGCUCAUCCUUGGAGAAAAGAAUAAUGGGGGGUUUCCCUGAGUUUGCAGUAAUUAUUUUGGGAGUAAUUAUGUUGCUCAAAAGAAAGAGAGCUGCUGCUUGGUUUGUGAGAAAACAGAGAUAAGAACAAGGGGGGUUAAAUGUGACAAGUCUUCAGGCAGACAAGGGUGGGGGCAGUGAGACACCAGCCCUGCCCCUGCUCUGGAGAGCAGGGAAAGCAUUGGUGAUGGGUCAUGUUCACCUUGGGGCCAGUAAUUAGCCAGGUGGGAGUUUCCCACUAGAAUUGAGGAUGUCCUGGGAGGUCUCCUGGAAUAGGGAGAAAAGAGGGGGUUUUGGCAGUGCAAAGGACCUCUUCAUUUUUCUCCCAGUUUUCACGAUGUAAUUCAUGCUUUGCUCUGUAAAGCACUGUGAUAUAGUUUGUAUACAUUAUGUAAAAUAAGUUGUAUUCUAUUACAUUGAAGAAAUACAAAUAUAAAAUAAAGUCAAAGGAUGGAGUAAAGUA